UUUGUGUCUCUUGCCGUUUUGGUCGGAGGUGUCUCGCAAAUUCUUUAUUAUUAUAACCGAUCGUUGCCUUCGCGCCUCUUCCUCCUUCUUCACCCCCCUCUUUCUCUCCUCCCCUCUGCCAGCUGAAUCAGUCGCUUCUCAUGGCACCUUGACGGUCUGCUGUAUGUUCCAUCUCCCCUCGUCUCUUUAGCGCCCUCCCUUAUUUGUUUUCCUGCUGUCUGCUCCACCCUUUUACUUCCCACUAGCUGAAUCCUGGUUUCGAUCUCCUUGGCUCAUUCUGCUCUUAUCGUCGCAUGAUAACUAACGGUUUCCCUGCUUUUUUCUCUGUUUCCUGCAAUUUAGUCAGAAACGGCACUGAGGUCGUCGAUGUGAUCAAUCCUCCUUCUCAGCACUAGCUUCCAAUUCCGUGUCUCCUCCUUUUAAACCCCUGUAGUUUUUCUUCCCCCUCUCUCCCCGUCAUGGCUGACAGCAGUCUGGGGAAGAAAGAGCGGAGAAAAAGCCUCAGUGUGUUCAGCCCGUCGACGACCUCGUCCUUAUCAGGCCUCGCCGCCCAUGAUCGAUCUCCGUCCGAUGAUGCUCAUGUGGUGAAGAAGAAACGGCGCAAUUCGGGCUUCUUUGGUGGUCGCAAUCCUAGCCCGCCCGGACCGAGCCAUGGUCUUUGGCGCCCUAGAACCGCCGACACAACCGCCGACACAACCGCCGCCAUACCCACCGUGACCCUCGAGGCGUCUCGCCCUCGGCGGAAGUCAAUACAAAAGAAACGGGCCUCCGUCUUCGGGUCUCUCCGAUCCUUUCACUCGUUUGAAGACGAUGACCGGUCGCUUGGCCGUUCGAAAGGAUCGCCGUCCAUGGAGGACGAUGACGCUUCCGACUCUCGACAAGGCAUUGGGUCCGUGAUCUUACAUCAUGGGGAGAUUCAAACCACCGGAGGCAUGUGGAGGAAAAAGAGCCAGUUUCUGGUCCUCACUGACACUCAUCUCGUUCGGUUCAAAAACCAAACCAAGGCUGCGGACAUGUUCCCUUCGAUCCCACCCUCUUUCGCCCGGUCUGGUCCCGGGAAUCGCCAGUCCAUCACCUCAAUCAGCUCGUUAGGGGACCCGCAGCUCUCCGCUACAAGUGAUUCGGCUGCAGGGAUUCCACUGAAUAGCAUUGUGGCCGUGUACAUGUUGGACGAUGGGAAACCCUCCUCAACAGUGGAGGUGGCCUAUUUGGAUGAGCGGGCACACAAGGCAGCCUUUAUCCAAAUGCAGACGCCUGAUUUACAGGAAUUGAACCUGUGGAUGGUUGGAAUUCGUUCUGCAGCCGAAUUGGUCCGGCAGGGCACCCCUCUACCGUUUGACCAGAGGUCGAUGGAGUAUGUUAUACGCAUGCUCGAAUACGAGAGAGACUAUGACCCAGAGACUUUCCGCAUAUUUCGCGUUAUUCAGAUGGCUUCUAGCAAGUCUCCGACCCGGACGUCGUCAGAGGAUCUCACCAAGCUAUCCCCCACCGGAUGUUAUCUCGCCCUCGGAUCGCAUAAGCUCCAUCUGAUCCCCCUGCACAAAGUCUUCAACCGGGGCUCAGCCGUAUCCUUGAGCGACUUGGACAACGCCACGACGUUCGGCCUAAUGAACCUGACCUGUUUGUCUAUGGAAUGGGGCGAUGACAGUCUACAUCUCACGUUUCGAGUCCCCUUGUGCAAGCCAUUCUCAGUCUUCUUGGCAUCUGUCCAUUCGCUGGAGAUCGCCUUCUGGAUCAGGCAACAGACAGAAUUCUUGCGACCCCUCUGGGUUCGCCAACCCUAUGAUUUCAUCGUGCCUCGCGAUCUGAGCAACGAGUCGAAUUUUCCUCCAGUGGAUCUGAAUGAGGACUAUGGUUGCUUUGACCGAACAUUGGUCGCCUAUUCGGCAAGCUUUGACAUUGAUACCUCCAAUAUUCGAUAUACGAUUGAUGUGCAAUGUGAUGACGCCCCAUGUUUCAAGCUUCUACCUCCCGCCUCGCCUUCUCGUCGCAAGUAUACAGCCUUGGAGUUGAUUGCCGUAUUGCGAGCGUUGCGAUAUAAUGAAUCUUUCCGGUCCAUUUCUUUCAGUGGUGUCAACUUGGAUGCGCUCCAAGGCCUCCGUGACUAUCAUGGGUUAGACAAAGACAUGCUACUCAGCCGUGCGGGCUCUCCCGUGCACAUUACCGGGCAAGAGAGUCUGUCGGUUUUGUCCCAGGAGAUUCGUGCCUUAACGCUGAAGAGCAACUGGCUCAGGCGCUUGGACUUCUCCUACACUCUGAGCCGAACCCCCCAAUCUGACAACGAAAGCCAUGAUCCGGGUUGCGGGAUCCCCGAGGCGAUUUUCCCGAUCUGUCGUCGAGAACUGACGAGCGUCGACUGGGUUGUGUUGAACGGGAUCAAAUUAGGGGACUCGGACCUCGACUAUCUCGUCGAUGCAGCCUCUCAGAGAGCAAGUAAUCUGCGAGCGUUAGAGGUAGGCAAUUGCGGGUUAUCGGUUCACGACCUCGAUCUGUUACUUUCAACUACUGUUGCUCAGUCCCAGACGCUGGAAGCAAUUAAUAUUUCGGGUGUGCAGGGCCGGCUGAGUCCUGAUAUCCUUCAACAGUAUCUUGGGUACUUCAGUCAGGUCAAGAAACUAGACUUAUCACGCAUUUCUAGAACGUCAGGGCCUGAUCCAUUGAUCACCGCAGAGACUUUAGUUAAUUGGCAGCUUGAGGAGCUUUCAUUAAGUCGGACCAAAGUCAAUCGGGAGACAGUCGAUGCAAUCGCUACCUAUCUAGCCAGUGAUAAAUCCCGAGCGUUGCGUGUGCUACGGCUCGACCAGUGUGGGCUGACAGGUCAGGAUGUGGCCAUACUCUUGCAUUCAUCGGCGGUCCCAGAGAGUUCCCGCAACCUGCAUUUACACGUCAAUGAAAACAGACUAGACUUGGGAUGCUCGUUUCUCUUUGAUGCGCUUGCGAAGAGCAAGUCACCGUCCCACCUCUCGAUGCGGAUGAUCGAUUUCAAAAAGGAGGAGCAGUUUCGCGACCUAGUCGAGGCUCUGCGCAGAAACCGGUCCCUGAAAUAUCUUGAUAUCUCGAAGGCGUCCCUUCCAUACGACGCAGGACCAGAGACGUGCAAAGCACUGCAGUUAAUGUUCGAAGAGAAUGAGACGCUAGAAGACCUGGAUAUCAGCGGAGAGAGUGCCCACCUGGAUGUGGCCAGAUUUGGAAUUGGUCUCAAUCUAGCACUGACUGGUCUAAAAAAAAACAAAUCCUUGAAAGUGCUGAGAAUCGAACAUCAAAAACUGGGGCUACAAGGUGCAAGUACACUGGCGUCGGUUCUGGAGGAGAAUGGCUGUCUUCGCGAGGUCUACUGUGAAAACAACGAUAUCAACUUACAGUCAUUCACCGUUUUAGUUAACGGUCUGCAGCGGAAUAAGUCUCUGUUGAGUCUUUCCUACAUGGACAGAGAUAGAAUCCAGUCACUGGACAAGGUGCGCCGAGAGAUCGAAAGCGUGAAACGGGAUAUGAGCCUUGCACAGGGUUCUACGACGAGCACAAUCCGACGAUCCUUAAACGCUGCAAAACAUGCGACGGUGGGACAUAAAUCAAGUAAAUACUCGCAAGCGCCUGGCCAUCUCCGUUCUGGCGCCUCCAUACCCAACAACCUUACAGCUGCCGAAACCUCACCUUUCCUAUACCACGACAUUGAGGUCAUCUUGCAAUCCUUGAGUCAAAAAUGGGAUGCAGAAGUUUCCCGCUUACGCCGUUAUCUGUUCCGAAAUUUCAAUGUGGCCAAUGGGGUUGAGGCUGAAAUUUCUGCGCUUGAUGGUGACGACGCUGCCAGUGACGGGCGUCCCAACACGGCAGCGAGCCUUGCAACGAUGUUGGACAACCUCAAGCUUGACGUAACGGUGUCUGAAAGCGAGGUCCCGACGAGACUGCAGGCCAAUACACAGCCAUCACCCAAGACAAGCGAAGCCAAUGAAAACAGUCAUCUAGACAUUUUUCGAGGUCUUGACACGGAAACCAGCAUAUUGAUUGAGCCCAGGAUGCGGCCACAGACUGCUCCCUUCUCUUUCGAGUAUGCCCCUCAAAUUAUAUCAUCUGAUUACGCAAAUUCUAGCGGGCCAUCGUCACGGCUAGCAGUACCGGUCCCUUCUAUACCACCCGUUGUCAACAAGUCCAGCAGUGUUCGCAGUGCCCGCAGCUCCAGCACCGUUUCCACCAGUGCGGGUACUGCUGCGAGUGCGCGCAGUUCAUAUGGUGCAGCUUCGUCCACGUUGAGGGGUUUUCUUACGGGAGGCGCAUCAAAAGAGCGUAGACGGGCAGAGAAAAUGAAGCCCGCAGCAGUUUGCGUCUCGCGUGACCGGCCGCCGACACUGCAAUGGUCGCCACCCAAACUUGACCUUGGGGACUUCCGGUAGUCCUACCACUCGUUUCACCAACAACAACAUCCAUACACAGUCAGAAUGCGGACUCUUGUCCUUCGCUUUUAAAAUGAAUCACGAAAUCCGAGUCACGAGAACCAUCGAAAAUC